CUGAGGAAGGUGCAGCACCAGGAUGCCCUGCAGAUCUCGGACGUGGUCAUGGCCUCGCUGCUGAGGAUGUUCCAGAGCACGGCGGGCUCGGGGGGAGUGCAGGAGGACGCCCUGAUGGCCGUCAGCACCCUGGUGGAAGUCUUAGGUGGAGAGUUCCUGAAGUACAUGGAUGCCUUCAAACCCUUCCUUGGCAUUGGACUGAAGAACUAUGCUGAGUACCAGGUCUGCCUGUCUGCAGUGGGCCUGGUUGGGGACUUGUGCAGAGCCCUGCAGUCCAACAUCCUGCCUUUCUGUGACGAGGUUAUGCAGCUGCUCCUGGAGAACUUGGGGAAUGAAAAUGUCCAUAGGUCUGUGAAGCCCCAGAUCCUCUCAGUGUUUGGGGACAUCGCCCUGGCCAUUGGGGGGGAGUUUAAGAAGUACCUGGACGUGGUGCUGAACACCCUCCAACAGGCAUCCCAGGCACAGGUGGACAAGUCUGACUAUGACAUGGUGGAUUACCUGAACGAGCUGAGGGAGGGCUGCCUGGAAGCCUACACUGGGAUCAUCCAGGGAUUGAAGGGAGACCAGGAGAACGUGCACCCUGAUGUGAUGCUGGUGCAGCCCAGAGUAGAAUUUAUCCUGUCCUACAUCGACCACAUCGCUGGGGACGAGGAUCACACGGACGGGGUGGUGGCCUGUGCUGCCGGGCUCAUAGGGGAUUUGUGUACAGCAUUUGGGAAAGAUGUUCUGAAAUUAGUAGAAGCCAGACCCAUGAUCCAUGAACUGCUAACGGAAGGGAGGAGAUCCAAGACGAACAAAACGAAAACUCUCGCGACCUGGGCGACUAAAGAGCUGAGAAAACUGAAGAAUCAAGCUUGAUCUGUUACCAUUGGGAUGACACCUGAGAACCCCCACUGGAAAAAUCUCCAAUCUUUUGAAAA